UCCUCCAAUCGGCGCGGAGAGCGGGUCCGGGGGCGGGAGGUCGGAGCAGCUGUCAGGCUAAAGUCCGGCUAGCAGAGCGCGGCGGGACGACGGAGGAGGCAGAUCCUGGCCCGGCCCUGGAGAUGGGCCGUGGCGCCGCGGGCUGGUGCUGUCUCGUGCUCUGGCUGCCCGCGUGCGUCGCGGCCCACGGCUUACGUAUCCAUGACUAUUUGUACUUCCAAGUGCUGAGUCCUGGGGAUAUUCGAUACAUCUUCACAGCCACGCCUGCCAAGGACUUUGGCGGUAUAUUUCACACACGGUAUGAACAGAUUCACCUUGUCCCGGCCGAACCUCCGGAGGCCUGUGGGGAGCUCAGCAACGGUUUCUUCAUCCAGGACCAGAUUGCUCUGGUGGAAAGGGGGGGCUGCUCCUUCCUCUCCAAGACCCGAGUGGUACAGGAGCAUGGUGGGAGGGCUGUGAUCAUCUCAGACAAUGCAGUUGACAAUGACAGCUUCUACGUGGAGAUGAUCCAGGACAGUUCUCAACGCACAGCUGACAUUCCUGCCCUCUUCCUGCUUGGCCGAGAUGGCUACAUGAUCCGACGCUCCCUGGAACAGCAUGGGCUGCCGUGGGCCAUCAUCUCCAUCCCAGUCAAUGUCACCAGUAUCCCUACCUUUGAGCUGCUGCAGCCUCCCUGGACUUUCUGGUAGAAGAGUUGAUCCCAGGUUCCAGCUACAAGUGACUCUAGGCUGGGAAAGGGAAGCCCAGGAAUUCUGCUAUUUGGAGUUUGGGGAUAGCAUCUGAGGACAAGUAAAACCAAACAGAAUAAAGGCCCUGGCCAGGAUGAGGGCAGGAAACCACACCACUGGCUUUCCCUUCCCUAGGGCCUGCAAGGACAUCUUAUGCUCCAGGAAGAGGAAAGAGCCAGGCUCAGGACUUCUUGUUAGCAUAUGGAACAAAAGGAGCUGAAGGCAGGCAGUCCUGUCUUCUGUGACCAGUUCUAUACCACCUGGUUCAGCCUCCCCCAGCCAGGAUCUCCUCACAGUGAGUCUCAAGCUGAUGUUGAAGUGGCUUAAGGAACUGGUUUGGAGACUAAUAAACCCACUGAAUUUUUAGCAAUAAAGUUACUCAUCAGGGUUGCA